ACCCAACACUCAAAACAAAUACAUUUGUAGUCCAUAAAACUUCUCUAGUAUUUCUAUCUUCUCUCAAUUUUUGUAACAAUGGAAAUGGUUAGCAAAAUUGCAUGCCUUGUUGUUUUGUGCAUGGUAGUGGUUGCACCCCACGCAGAAGCACUAAGCUGCGGCCAGGUUACAUCUGGCUUGGCUCCUUGCCUCCCUUAUCUCCAGGGACGCGGCCCUCUAGGAGGGUGUUGUGGUGGUAUUAAGGGUCUGUUGGGUGCAGCCAAGACUCCAGCGGAUCGAAAGGCGGCAUGCACUUGCCUCAAAUCAGCCGCUAGUGCUAUUAAAGGCAUUAAUGUGGGCAAAGCCGCUGGUAUCCCUAGUGCUUGUGGCGUAAACAUUCCUUACAAGAUCAGCCCCUCCACUGACUGCUCCAAGAUCCAGUGAGGCUGAUCGAUGAAAGCUCAAUUUUUCCAAUGCAAUGUAGCUUGUGGAGAAGUAAUAAUAAUAAGAUGGAUCGAGUUUGAUCUUACAUGCUCAUGGAUCCAUUACUAAUGUUGUAUCUUUUUCUUGUUUUUUGUUUAUUUGUGUCCAUCUUUGGGAGUCAUUUUCGAGCCUUGUAUUGUACUACAACUCAAUCUUGGUAAUACGUAUUCAACUAUCUUUCUUA